AGGAAGUAAACGCGUUAACUUGUCCAUUUUUUCUGGAGUUUCUUUCAAAUUCUAUUUGAAUGACUGAAUCUUAUACGUGGGCGAUAUAAGAAGAUGAUCCCUUUAUGCGAGAUGAACAGAGCUCGCAUUUAUUUGUGGCAUUGACACUAAAAGCCAGUGGAUUACACUGUCACGUGGUGGCAACAUGUUUUCAUUCCAACUAAUGAGUUUUGGGACUUUGCACAGCGUUGCAUUUGUAAUACGUUUAUUUUUGGUUGCCUUUGGGAUUUAUCAGGAUAAAACUAUGGUGGUAAAAUACACCGACAUCGACUUUCACGUCUUUAUAGACGCAUCCAGACUUGUAACGCAGGGCGAGUCCCCGUACAACAGGUCUACCUACCGGUAUACACCGCUCCUGGCCUGGAUGUUAUCACCUAGCAUCUACUUGACCUCUCAUUUUGGGAAACUGCUCUUUGUGAUUUGCGAUGUGCUCUCUGGUUACCUCUUAUACAAAAUAUUGACACUUCGAGGUUUAUCCAGUGAUGCAGCCUGUUGUUUCUCAGCUCUCUGGCUUCUGAAUCCUUUACCAAUUGGUGUAUCAACACGUGGCAAUGCUGAAGCAUUGUUGGCUGUUUUGGUUUUGUCAACUCUCCUGUGUUUACAACUGAAGAGACAUUUUACAGCAGCAUUUCUCUUCGGUCUCUCUGUCCAUAUGAAAAUAUAUACAGUAAUAUAUGCUCUCCCCAUUGGCCUCUUUAUAUGCAAUUACAAGGAAUUGAAGAAGCAUUACAGAGGAAUUUUUAGCGUUAUCCAAAGUCUUUUCAGUAAGGAUCUGGCUCUGUUUGCUUUUAUUGCAGGAGUUGUGUUUCUUGGACUGACCUUGUCAUUUUAUUGCAUGUAUGGCUGGGAUUUCCUUCAAGAAACCUACUUCUACCAUCUAACAAGGCGGGACAUUCGUCAUAAUUUCUCCCCAUACUUCUAUAUGUUUUAUUUAACAGUGGAGAGUGAAUGGAGCUUUAUUCUGGGUCUAGUUACCUUUCUUCCCCAGGUUAUACUGUUGCUCUUUACGUCUUUGGCCUUCUAUGCUGACUUGCCUCUCUGCUGCUUCCUCAACACAGCCCUUUUUGUCAGCUUUAACAAAGUCUGCACCUCACAGUACUUUCUGUGGUAUCUGUGUUUACUGCCUCUGGUCCUGCCACACCUGAGACUCACAGUAAAGCAAGGAAUUGGGCUAUUGCUGUUGUGGUUCACUGGUCAGGGCUUGUGGUUGGCACCAGCUUACUACUUGGAGUUUGAAGGGUGCAACACAUUUAUGUAUAUAUGGUUUGCUGGCCUGCUGUUCCUCAUCAUCAACUCAUUCGUAAUGGUCCAGAUAAUCAACAAUUACAUACCAAAGACAGUUCAACAAAAAAAGAAAAUGAAAUAAACACUGGGAAAUAAAAUAUGAAAAUGAAUAAAUGAACAAAUAAUUAAUAAUAAGCGUUUUAAUAUGUUUAUUUUCUUAUUUCUGCCUCUGUUGUCUAUCAAAAUGGCAU